AGAGAUGUGAACGAAACGACUGGCACGAUGCACAAGCCACACUCAGUGUGUCACACACACACACACGCAACCUCUCACUCUGUAUGUGUAUACAGACACACCCCAAGCACAAGCAGAUGUGUAUAUGUCGAUACAUACCCCUUCUUCUUCUGCCCUUAUUUUCAGGGACCACAUACACACACACACACGCUCUCUCUACUCUCUUACAACCGCCAUCAGAAUCCAGAACAACCAAGUUUCUUUGGGUGAUAUUGCCAUUUUUUAUUGUAACUAUAUUAUUAUACAGAAGGACAGAGAGCGCAAGCACUAGCUGCAGUCAACUCCUUUUUUUUGGGUUGCUGGUGCUGGUGCUGCUUCUGCUGCUGCUGCUGCUUUUGCGGAUUAUUUGGAGUAUGCGAGUGUGUGCGUGUUGCCUUUUUUUGCCGAGCCAAAGCGAGGUGCACGCCUAUGGUCCCACGUGUGUGCAAACCAAGUGGGUCCAUGAUACAACGGGCGUGAAAAAAGGACACAAUGCAGACGAAUAGAGUGACACUGCAUUUGUUUAAACCGCUUGGAAUCAGCAUUGUCAUUGUCGUCGAUUCUCUUUUUCUCUCGGGGGGGGGGGGGUCGAAUGGGUGUGAUGAAGGAGUUAUGCAUGUUUUUGUUAUACAGGGCGAGAGGAGGGAAAGGAAUGUGUUGUGCGUGCGCACAGUCCAGG